AUGUCAACCACCACCACCUCCACUGGUCGCAGAGUUCAGUCACCGUCGCCGAAUAUUAACCGGAGCAGGACUAAAUCCUCCUCGAUCUCUCUUCCAGUGUCUUUAAAUGCCUCACUAUCCUCUUCUUGUUCAUCCUCUUCUUCCUCUUCUCCUUCCAAGACAAGCAAACGUGUGACGAUAAGAAGAUCACAAUCCACAACAAGAUCUUCCAUAGCCACCGGAUCCACCGAGAUGAUCCCGGCGAGAAACAGCGAGUCAAGAUCUCGAGAGGUGAACAACGGUAGAACCAGAGAGGCGUUUGCUCGGUACUUAGAGAAUCGUGAGCGUGGCAGUCCACGUACUAACGCAUCAAGUGUAAAACCUGGAGCUAGCUCACCAUCUGCAUGGGCAAUGUCCCAGGGGAGAGCUUCCACGACGAGAAAUUCUUUAUCAAGUUCAGCUCCAGCCACUAAUAUGUGCCACACGCCUCCUGAGUCACCGGUAAGCGCGGCUAAGAUGAGAAGCAGUGGCCGUGGAGCCGUGGCGGGAGUUUUGAAAUACUUUAAGGCACAGAAGAAAGUAUCUUUGGUUCAAGAGGAGGAGUAUCACCGGUUUAGGCUUCUCCACAAUAGAUUAGUUCAGUUAAGGUUUAUUAACGCAAGAACAGAAGCUGCUAUGGCUAAACUUAAGGUCAACGUUGAGGAUCAAUUGUUUUGGGUCUGGCUUAGGAUAUACAAACUGAGGAACUACGUGGUGGAAAAUUUAAUUGAAGUCCAAAGGCUACGUCAAGAAAUUAAAUUACGUCAAGUUCUGAGCCUCCAAAUGCCUUUACUCAAUGAGUGGUCCAAACUCGAUGCGAAAAACUUGGAAGCGUUGAGUAAGCUAACUCGAAAACUGCACGCUUUGUCUGUCCGUUUACCACUCCUACAUGGUGCAACGGUAGAUGUGGUGUCCAUACAUGAAGAAAUGGUCACAGCCAUAGAAGUCAUGGAUGAGAUCGAAGACAUGGUCAUCAAGUUUCUCCCACGAGUUGAAAUAAUCCUAUAUGAGAUGACAGAGUUGCUCAGCAUGUUCAAACAAGAAUUAUUAUAUUUUGAAGAGUUGGAGAAGACUCUUUUCUUUGUUCCUGUGCUUGCGGUGGAGGAGAGUAGCUUAAAGGUCCAUGUUCUCCAGAAGACUAAAGAAGAGAGAAAAUCUUUGCAAUAUUGA